AUGUUGAAUACCAGCAACAUUUUAUUAUUAUUGAAGGAAAAAUACAUUUUCCCGAAAAUAUCUUGUAUUUUCUCCAAUUCUUUAUCUUAUUUAAAAGUUUUUAAUGAUGAUCAUAAUAGUGUUACUGAUGAAACACCAAAUUCUCAACCAGAUACAAUUAAUAGUGAAGACUCAUCAAACAAUGACGAGCCCAACCUAUCUGAUCAUUCGAAUGAGAUGUCGAAAUUACUUGAAUUUGAACUUAAUCGAGAAGAAUGGACACUAUUCAAAUAUGUUGAAGAAAUUCUUAGGUCUUUUUCCGAAGCAAUAAAACUGGUCAGUGGAAAAAAACAUAGCACCAUCGGAUUUGUUUAUUUUGCUAUUGCUAAUAUUAAGGAAUAUCUCGAAGAACGAAGUGGUAAUAAUGAAAUUGAUAAACUUAAGAAUUGUUCCGAAAAUGAUUUUGAUCAAUAUGAGUUAUUGAAGGGAUGCAACGGUGACGAUUUAUCGUUCACCGUUCCACCGCUUGAGACCGGUGAAACGGUGGAGCGGUGCACCGUUGGACCGGGCCCGGGUGUGACCGGUGCAUCGGUGGACCGGGACCCGGUCGGACCAGUGAACCGGGCCCCGGUGGGAGCGAUGAAACGGUGGACCGGGACCCAGUGGGAGCGGUGGAACGGUGUUUGA